CGGUCCUACGGAUACAGCGUGAGCCUGAGUAGAGAGGCGCAAUUCGUGACAAGAUCUCCUCAUCAGCGCCGGAGCAGGGGUCUCUAAAGGCAGCUCACGUACGCCUUUCGAAUGUCAAGAAGCAGUGGUCGGGAUCAGCCCCAUUUUUCGAUCAAAAUUGGUACGCCAUACUUUUGGAGUCACCAUAUUCUGGUGGUCAAAAAGGUAGCCCCUAACAGAUGUGUUCGAACAACGGGACACAUCCCGAGUCUUGCUUCUUGACACUCAGACGGACCCAAGCCGUCGCCUGUUGUUCCGGUUUGCGGCUAUCGAGAGUGCUCGAUGGCAUCACUGGUUGUUUCUUUCAGCUUCAUAUAAAUACGAUUCCCCGCUUACACUCUUGUCCUUGCCCAAGCUGACCUCACCACCCACGCAUCCAGAGUCCAGACCACCAUGUCUUCUACGGCCGCCCCCAUCCAUGCUGACUGGCAGCCCAAGGCCAUCGUCUUCGACCUCCUCACGGCUCUCCUCGACUCGUGGACACUAUGGGACGCGUCCACCCCAUCCGGCACCUCGGAAGAGGGUCGACGAUGGCGCCACCGCUAUCUCGAGCUCACCUUCAGCCUCCCCGGAGGAUCCUACGUGCCGUAUGAGGACUGCGUACGGCAGGCCGCCCAAGACGUUGGCCUUCCUGCAUCGGCACCCGACGCCCUCAUCCGCGACUGGGCUAACCUGAAGGCUUGGCCCGAGGUCGCGCGCGUCCUGCCGCAGCUCAGGAGCAAGGGCUACAAGCUCGGCGUCGUCACCAACUGUUCCGUGAGACUGGGCACCAUUGCGACGCAGUGUGCCGAAGCAGCGGCCAGUACAGGCGCUGACGGUCGUUUUACGUUCGACUCUACCAUGACCGCCGAGGAGAGCGGCUUCUACAAGCCGACGCGAGAAGCGUACCACGCAUUGUUGUCCAAGAUGGGCGUGGAGGCGAGCGAUGUGCUGUUUGUUGCGGGCAGUUCUGGCGAUGUGCAGGGUGCAACAGAUGCUGGUAUGAGAGUUGUCUGGCACAACAAAGUUGGGUUGCCGAAGAAGGGCUCGGCGGAUCCGAUCAAAGAGGCUGCAGCAUUGCAGGAUGCUCUAAGUGACUUCCUGUGAGGUCCUUCCAGAUUCAAUUUGUCAGGGCAACGAGAGACUGUUCAAGAGUUGGAAUGCAAAAUCCACACAAUAUUGGCUUGUCAAGUCUGUCUGUUCAGCAAAGUGAGACAUUGUGACGAACUGGCCCAGACCGAGUGG